AUGGAUGAGGAUUUGCUUAGAAUAUUCUCAAACAAAAAUCCAUAUUCAAAUACAAUUCAAAAUCCAGUUGUCAGAUCUCAUGUUCCAAAAAAGCUAACAUUUGAAAAUUCAGAAUUUCCUUCCUUUAAUCUUCAAAUAACCCAACUAAUGAACGAUGCAGAAACUGGUGAUAAUUCUGAGGGUAAUGAUGAAGAUGGAGAAUUAGAAAGGAAUGAAGAGCAUAUUUUAGAUGAGAAAGGGAAAAAGGGUCAGAAUGUUAACGAAAUGUACUUUACAAAGUUUUUGGACAACAAUUGGCGGGAUAAGGUUUCUUUGUUUAAAUCUAUGAAGCAAAAGAAAAUGAAAAUGGCAUGA